AUGUACGUGUUCUCCAACACCGACCCUGAGUACAUCACAAACCUGAGAUUUUUCGUCCAAUUCGCCAUCUCCAAAGACGAUCGCUGCGACUACGUGAUCGUGGUGCAGACCGAUGCCGACAAAGCGACGCCAGACUUGCCAGACCUGCCGCCGAACGCACGCUACCUGCACCACGCCAACGAAUGCUACGACUGGGGAACCAUCGGAUGGGCGAUCAACGUCGCGGGGGUGGACACCCGGCCCUACUCCUUCUUCAUCUUCAUGAACAGCUCCGUCAGGGGGCCCUUCAUCCCGCCCUACGCCAAGGACAUGAUCAAGUGGCAGGACGUUCUGAUUGGCAGGAUCGAUGCGAGGGUCAAACUGGUCGGCCCCACCAUCAGCUGCGAGGGGUCCCCGCCAGGCGGGCGAGUGAGGGAGAAGUGGCGCGUCAACCCCCACGUCCAGUCCUAUGUCUUGGCCACCGACCAGGUCGGCCUGCGGAUCUGGCUCCAGGAUGCCAAGGUCUUCCAGUGCUGGCACAGCAUGUGGGAUGUUAUCUGGCACGGCGAGCUGGGGAGCUCCCUGGCCAUCCUGAAGGCCGGCUACAACCUCGACUCGCUCAUGCUGCGGUACCAGGGGGUCGACUGGCAGGACCACGCCAAUUGGGCCUGCAACGCGCAAGCAAAUCCGUAUGGCGAGCACUACAUGGAUGGGCAGUCGCUGGACCCCUAUGAGGUGAUGUUUGUCAAGGUCAAGGAGCGGGUGCUGCAGAACGAAUGGUCGUUUGCCCAGUCGGCGGUGUACAUGUCGCGGGUCAUCACCGACCAGGCCUCUGGGAGCCUGGAUGUGCUGUCCAAUGCGUACAGGGCCAACCCCGCCCCGUUUCGGGAGCAGAGGAUCGGGUACCUGCUCCAGCGCGGGCCGGAGUGCUUCGACUUCGAAUACUACCUGGCCCAGAACAGCGACCUGAGCCACAUCAAGACCAAGGAUGAGGCCUGGAGGCUGUUUCUUAGAGGCGGGGCGUUCGAGGGCAGGAGCUUCAGGUUUACCUGCGAGUCAGGCAUCAAAGCGCCCUGA